AAAUAGGGGAGAAGGAAUAGAAGAGGCUUUAAUUUCUCUUCAUCUGUUUUGUUUUGUCUUCUCCCUAAUCUAAAUCUAAUCUUAUAAAAUCGACUCUCAUUACGAUUCUGGUUUUGCUUUCCAUAUACAAACUCUCCUUUUCUCUUUCUUCUCAGUUUUUCCCAUCUUUAUUCCCCUCUCUCUCUCUCUCUAUUAUAUAUUAUACGUAUGUAGACACUCUCUCAUCAUUAUACCCAAUACCAGACACAAAUAGAAUGAGAGCCUUUGUAAACCAGGAAGACGAGAACUAGUUUAGAUCAAAGGAAAGCAUCAAGAUUCAGAAUCCUCAGUCAUUACCAUCACCGCCAUAGAAGCGGAGGAGGAAGAAGAAGAAGAAUAGUUGGAAGCAAUCUAGAAGAGUGAGAAUGGGGGUGAUGUACGAGGCCAUUCAAGGGAAGGAGGAAGGAGCCGAUGAUCUGGAAUUGGGCCUCAAAGUCUCUAAACCACAAUCUCACCAACAACAUUGUUUUGUUCUUCCUUCCAAUCCCAAUCACAAACCACCACGACUGGUCUCUCUCGACGUUUUUCGCGGUCUUACUGUUGCGCUGAUGAUAUUGGUAGACGAUGCGGGUGGAAUUCUGCCUGCUAUAAACCACUCCCCAUGGAAUGGUUUAUCCCUUGCCGAUUAUGUCAUGCCCUUUUUCCUCUUUAUUGCUGGUGUUUCACUUUCACUUACCUACAAGAAUUUAUCAUGCAAAUCUGUCGCAACUAAAAGCACUCUACUCCGGGCAUUAAAGCUUUUUGUAUUGGGCCUUUUUCUUCAAGGAGGAUUUUUUCAUGGCAUCAAUAACCUUACUUAUGGAGUGGAUCUUGAUCGUAUGAGAUGGAUGGGGGUACUACAGCGAAUUGCCAUAGCAUAUUUGGUGGCAGCAUUGUGUGAGAUUUGGUUAAAGGGUGAUGGUGAUGUUAAAUCUGGAUCAUCUUUGUUGAGGAAAUAUCAGCUUCAGCUGGGUAUUGCUUCGAUGAUUUCAUUUGUAUAUAUUUUAUUAUUGUACUCCUUAUACGUUCCUGACUGGGAGUACCAGAUUCCAACUGGCAAUUCUCUGUCAGCACCAAAAACGUUGUUGGUUAAAUGUGGAGUAAGAGGUCACACUGGACCAGCUUGUAAUGCUGUUGGAAUGAUCGACCGUAAGAUACUUGGUAUUGGGCAUUUAUAUACAAGACCAGUCUAUGCACGAACUGAGCAAUGCAGUACUAACUCCCCUGAUUAUGGCCCACUUCCUUCUGGCGCUCCAUCAUGGUGUCAAGCCCCUUUUGAUCCUGAAGGAAUUUUAAGCACGGUGAUGGCUAUAGUUACCUGCUUCGUUGGGCUGCACUUUGGGCACAUUAUUGUCCAUUUUAAGGUGCGUGAUAACUAUAUACAUUCUGUACUGGUUUCUUUGAAAAUAUUUGGCACUGUUGUUUGUGCUGACCAAUCCUUUGGAUCAUGGUACUUGCAGGACCAUAGGAACAGAAUCUUUCAGUGGUCAAUCUCAUCGUGUUGUCUUUUAGUGUUAGGCUUUGCCCUGGACUGGUUUGGCAUGCAUGUGAACAAGGCUCUUUACUCAUUCAGUUACAUGUGUGUGACGGCUGGUGCUGCUGGCAUUCUCUUUGUUGCGAUUUACGUGAUGGUGGAUGUGUUUGGUUACAAGCGAAUGGCGGUUGUGUUAGAAUGGAUAGGCAAGCAUGCUCUCAUGAUUUACAUUCUUGUAGCCUGCAAUGUCUUCCCCCUUAUUCUCCAAGGAUUUUAUUGGAAGCAGCCUCACAACAACAUCCUAAGCUUAAUCGGAGUUGGAAAGCGAACAUGAAUAUUAUUAUGAACAUGAAGGCUUUACUCCCUAGCCAGAAUUUUGUCUUUUUUCUACACUUCUACACGGCAUCCCUUCUCUGAUUCGUUUAGGGAGGAAUCAUUCCUCCCUUCAGUUUAUGGAGCUUUAUGUACAUAGAUAAGCAUUUAUAGGAUACGCUUUUUUUUCUUUUUAAUUUUAUAUAAUUAAUUUAUGUACUACUUUGAGUAUCAUUUAAAUUUAGUUAUUUCUUUCACUAUAAUUCUCCAUAUCUAGCCAUGUUUUGUUACAAUUUC